CUUUGUACUUACAUUUGUUUACAAUAUGGCUGACUUUGAGUACGGAUUUCAUUCGGAUACUCCAGAUGAAGAGUCUUCUAUAUACAGUGAUGGCUUACCUCAACACUCACAAAAAGAAAUCCAUGAAUGGAUGGAAGUUAACAGAAAACUAAGGAAAAAUGGUUUACAGUCUGUUCGUGUUCUUUCAUCACAUGACAUCCCUGUUCAUUCAGGUCGUUAUGUCUGUUUCGAUUUGGAAUCCAGCCACUCUCUUAGAUCUUCUAUUAUAACACUUAUCAAUGAAAGUGAUCGUAAAGAAAAGAAGAUGCAAGAUCUGCUGAAGAAGAAUUCAGAACUUCAGAAAGAAACUGAGCAGUUGGUGGAGGAACUUGAAUUGGCCAACACAAAAGCUAAAGAUGUAAAAGUAAUGCUGGAAUGUUCCAGAGCUCGGGUGCAGAAUCUGGAGGAAGAAAAAUCAAGAUCAACAUCUCAGUACGCAGAUGAAGACGAAAGACUAAGAAACACUAAAUCAUCAAUAGCAAAUAAGUGUAGGACUCUUGAAGCUAAAGUCAUGGAGCAAGAAAAAGAAUUAGAUCGUUUGCGAAGGGAGGUUUACAUUUUUGCCCAAGAGGGUGAAAGCAGAAAAAAAAGGCAGAAACAGGUGUUUUUGGAUUUCAAAAAACGAGCACCUCGAUCGCAGUCAGCUGUGGACCAGAACUACAACAGAGUAGACCAUUAUCCCCGCUCAUGUCGGAAUAUGUUGUUGCUAGACAUUAUUGAUUCUUAUGAAAGCCAAAUAUACUCACUACAGAAACAAUUAGACGCCUUUAGAGACACUGAUAAGUCAUUUACUGUAGACAGAGCAUAUGCAACACAGCCUUCUUCAAAUUUUAAAGGGAUGAUAAGGUCUUAUGAGCGACAGAUUAAAGAAAAAGACAAGAAGAUAAAAGAACUUGAGGAAGAAAAAGAUAUCUUUAAGUUGGAUGUGGGAUUAAGACCAGAAUUGACAGACUACAGACUGCAAACGCAGAGGGUGAAGAAAUUAGAGCAGUUGCUUCAUCGCCAUAAUAUCAGUAUACCAGGAGAGAAAUCCAAUAAAGACCCAUUUAUACAGAGAAAAAAAUUUAGCACAAGAUUAGAAGACUUAGACUUUUUACCCCUGGAACAGUGCCAGUACUACCUCAAGAAUGUUUGUAAAGAGUGUGGGACUGACAACCUGGACUGCCUGACAGAUGUUAUCCAAGAGCUGAAGGAUGAACGUAACUCUGGUGGGCGUUUUCAUCAGUAUUGCAAGGAGUUUGCAAAUAUAGUUGAAAGUUUAAAUGACAAAAAUCAUAGAGGUCGCUCUUACAGUUAUGACAAAAAAGUUUCUUUGAUUUUAAGUGACAGUAACAUGAAAUACUACCUAGAGGUGGUUGACAACUGGAAGAAGGACAUUGCUGGACUGGGUGACCUACAGGAUGCCAUUAACCGCCUGCUGGAUAAAGUUGUGCCCUGGGUCAAAGCCCACAUGGAAGGAGAUCACAGUGUGGAUGAGAUGGUGGAGCUUGUUGAGAGGGUGAUCCAUGCUGAGAAAAGUGAAAUGAGACCACAGACUCUUAUGGAAGAGGUUUCUAGGUCAACACUUGAAAGCAUUGUCAGCCAUUUCCAGACACUGUUUGAUGUACCCAAAAUUUCUGGGGUUUUUCCUCGCAUGAAUGAAAUCUACAGAGUAAUAGGAGAGUCUCGCAAUGUUUUAAACACACUCAAAGACUUACUUGGCCUAUCUCCAGAUAUUCACAACUCAGGCCUGGUUGAUGCAGUUGGUCGACUGUUCCAUGCACACAACUCUACCACAGCUAAACAGCUUAAGAAAUUGAUGCAGACUGAUGACUUGAAUGGGAUCAUCAGAAGAUUAGAAGAGCAUUCAGAAUUUUUUCCUGCUUUCCAAGGAAUAAUACACAAACUUUUUGAUAUCUUAGGUGUCGACAAAAUGGAUGAAAUACUUCCAGCAGUUAGAGCGCUUAAACUUUUAGCCAAAUAAACUCAUAGACUAGAAUAAAACCUUACAACUUUGUACAAUCAAAUAAAAAUGGACAAAUUUCAAAACUGGUGAAGAUAUGAGGUUUCUCCAAGUUUUUGUAGUGCUAGUUCCUGUUACCUAUAACUGUUGUAUUCAUAGUUUUGUAAUCCACCAUCAUGUAUUUUACAGCUAUUGAUUUCAAUAUACCCCGAAAGUUUCAUUUGUGUGGAGCGUUUGCUAAUAUUAAGUGAGAGUGGGAAGUGACUGUCUAUUUUGAAAAAAUGCUAACAAUGGCAGAAGUUUGAAUCUAUUAAUAUCAAACCAAUCCCCACAGUAGUUUGGUCUGACAAAGAUCUUAAGAUCAAGUAGAAUCUUCUAAUUUUCUCAAAUAACUUCAAUCUUCGUCCUCAUAAUUCUUUGAGCAGAUUAUUAUUAAAUCUCUUCCAAUGUUGAAAGCUAUUAAAUCUCAAUUUGAACUAAUGGA